AUGCAGAAGUUGCUCCAGCAGCUGCCGGCCAGCGCGGCCAACUUGGUGAAGUCCCAGCACGGCGGAGUGAAAGAGGAGGCCAAGAGCCCCGUGCUGGUGCCCGACGGCUCUCCGCAGACCUGGUACAGCGCCUUGGAGGGGGACGAGAUGAGGCUGCUGAAAGCCCCCGACCAGGAGCCCGCCGCCCCGCAGGAGAGCGCCGCCGACAGCAGCGUGGCCCAGCCGCUACGACACGACGACCUGAAGGAGAUGCUGGAUAGUAACAAGGAUUCGCUGAAGCUGGAGGCCAUGAAGAGGAUUGUCGCGAUGAUCGCCAGAGGCAAGAAUGCGUCCGACCUCUUCCCAGCCGUGGUGAAAAACGUGGCUUGCAAGAAUAUUGAGGUCAAGAAGCUUGUUUAUGUCUAUUUGGUCCGUUACGCAGAAGAACAGCAAGAUCUGGCCUUGCUCUCCAUUUCUACCUUCCAGCGAGGACUCAAGGACCCCAACCAGCUGAUCCGGGCCAGUGCCCUCCGGGUUCUCUCCAGCAUCCGCGUGCCCAUUAUUGUACCCAUCAUGAUGCUGGCCAUCAAGGAGGCGGCGUCAGACAUGUCUCCCUACGUGCGCAAGACAGCAGCUCACGCGAUCCCUAAACUGUACAGCCUCGACUCGGACCAAAAGGAUCAACUGAUAGAGGUCAUUGAGAAGUUGUUGGCAGAUAAGACCACGCUGGUGGCCGGCAGUGUGGUGAUGGCCUUCGAGGAGGUCUGCCCGGAGCGCAUCGACCUGAUCCACAAGAACUACCGCAAGCUUUGCAACCUGCUGAUCGACGUGGAGGAGUGGGGGCAGGUGGUCAUCAUUAACAUGCUCACGCGAUAUGCUCGCACCCAGUUCCUGAGCCCGACCCAAAACGAGUCCCUUCUGGAAGAGAACGCCGAAAAGGCCUUCUAUGGGUCCGAAGAGGAAGACUCCAAGGACGACAAGGCGGAGCCAGCGUCUCUGGUGAAACGCAAGCCUUACGUGAUGGAUCCCGACCACCGCCUGCUCCUGCGUAACACCAAGCCCCUGCUCCAGAGCCGCAAUGCGGCGGUGAGACUUCCUUUGUGCUUCCUCUAUGGGGGAUCUCCUGAAGGUAAUUGCUUCUGCCUCAUUGACAAACUCCUUGUCUCUCUUCCUCAUGGCAGUGAGGUCCAGUACGUGGUACUGCAGAACGUGGCCACCAUGUCAAUUAAGCGUAGGGGAAUGUUUGAACCCUACCUGAAGAGCUUCUACAUCCGAUCCACUGACCCGACCCAGAUCAAGAUCCUCAAGCUGGAAGUCCUGACCAACCUUGCGAAUGAGACCAACAUCUCUACCAUCCUGCGCGAGUUCCAGACGUACAUCCGGAGCAUGGACAAGGACUUUGUGGCAGCCACCAUCCAGGCCAUCGGCCGCUGCGCCACCAACAUUGGGAAAGUGCGGGACACUUGCCUCAACGGGCUGGUGCAACUGCUCUCCAACAGAGACGAGCUGGUGGUGGCCGAGUCCGUGGUCGUCAUUAAGAAGCUCCUCCAGAUGCAGCCAGCGCAGCACAGUGAAAUUAUCAAACACAUGGCGAAGCUGACCGACAAUAUACAGGUGCCCAUGGCCCGGGCGAGCAUCUUGUGGCUGAUCGGCGAGUAUUGUGAGCAUGUGCCCAAGAUCGCGCCUGACGUGCUGCGCAAGAUGGCCAAGUCCUUCACCAGCGAGGAGGACAUCGUGAAGCUUCAAGUCAUCAACUUGGCGGCCAAGCUGUACCUGACCAACUCCAAGCAGAGCAAGCUGCUGACCCAGUACGUGCUGAACCUAGCCAAGUACGACCAGAACUACGACAUCCGGGACCGUGCCCGCUUUAUCCGCCAGCUGAUUGUGCCCACCGAGAAGAGCGGACUAAGGGACCAUCGUGACCAUUUCCAGCUGGGCUCGCUUUCCCAUCUCCUCAACGCCAAGGCAGUGGGCUACCAGGAACUCCCCGACUGGCCCACCGAAGCUCCAGACCCGUCCGUGCGCAACGUGGAGGAAGAGUCAGUUGGUCCCGUGGAAAGCCACAUUGGGUUGCUGGGGAAGCCGAAAAAGGUCCCUGAAUGGACCAAGUGCACCAGCCGUGAGAAGAGGAAGGAGAAGGUGGAGAAACCGUUCUAUUCUGACUCUGAGGGGGAGUCCGGCCCAACGGAGUCUGCCGACAGUGAGCCCGAAUCCAUCAGCGGGUCUCCCAGCGAGAGCGGCAGCGAGAGGAGCGGUUCUGGUUCCGGCAGCGAUGAGGACGAAGAGGAGGACGAAGAAGAGAGCGGGGACCAGUCGGACGAAAAAGAGGAGAAGAAAAAGAAGAGGAAAGAGACUCCAAGGAAAGUCGAGGAGGACGAGGGGGAAAAGAAAAAGUCACAGCUGCGUGAAAGGAAGCGGGACUCGGAAUCCUCGUCGGAGGAGGAGGAAGAGGGCAGCGUGUCCGAGAGCAGCUCAUCACAGUCAGAUUCUGGCUCUGAAGCGGAGGAAUCCCACUCGGAGGUGGAGACCAAGAAGAAAAGGACGCCACCUAGCACCAAACCUGCCCCAAAGCCACAGAAGAAAGGGACAAAGGAGAUCUCCCUGCUUGACCUAGAUGACUUCACACCUUCUCCCUUGCCAUCGGUCCUUUCCAGCCCUGUCGUCUCCACCAGCCUGGUGACCGACCUAGAGGGACUCACGCUGACUGACACUACUUUGGCUUCUGCUAUGAUCAGCCCUGUGUUUGGCGUGGUGAAGACCUACGAGCUGCUGCACCGUAUGACGGGCGAGGGUCUCUCCGUCGAGUAUCACUUCAGCCGGCAGCCUUUUACGGCCGACUCCCAGAUGGUGGCCGUCCAGAUCCAGAUUUCCAACAACACGGCCACCGAGGUGAAGAACAUCCGCAUCAGCGAGCCAAAGCUCCUCUCGGGCAUGCGCAUCCAGGACUUCAAGGAAAUUGAAUCCUUGCCUCCUGGAGAGACUGUCAACGUAGUGGUGGGCAUAGACUUCUGUGAUUCGACCCAGGCUGCCAGCUUCCAGUUGUGCACGCACACACGCCAGUUUUACGUGUCCAUCCAACCCCCGGUGGGCGAACUCAUGGCUCCUGUCUUCAUGAGCGAAAACGAGUUCAGGAAGGAACAAGGGAAGCUGACUGGUAUGAGUGAGAUCACGGAGAAGUUGACCCUGCCCGAAAAAUGCCACAGUGACCAUGUGAUUGUGCAGCAAGUGACGGCGGCCGCCAACGUUAGCCGUGUGCCCUGUGGGUCGGACAAGGAAUACCGAUUUGCUGCGAAGACGGUUAGCAGCGGAAGCCUCAUCCUAAUCACCCUGGAAAAGAAGGCUGGAAACGCGGUGCACUUGACCAUCAACAGUGAGAAGAUGCUGAUCAGCACCAUGCUGGUGAAGGACAUCAUCCACUCCUUGACGCAAUGACCUUGGGUGGCUUCUCCCUCUGGCCGUGUCCACGUCCAACGUCCCACCCUCCUUUCCUUUUCUGUCCCCAGCCAUGCCCUUGAUUCAGCCCCCUGCUGUCCCCGCACCCGGCUUGCCCUGCUGUAUUGUUAUGUCCCUGUGUUAAAGAACAGGUAGAGUCUAAGAGAGGGGAACAGGGAAUAAUUCACCGUAGCUCACGGGGUGCAGCCACUGGGGUGGAUAAUGGGAGUUGGCACAGCAGCAAAUAGAAGUUUUUU